GGGGAAACCUCCGCCCCGUCAGAGUGGUACAUUUUACCAAUUUAACAGCAGCAGCUUGUGUUCCUUUCACUUGGGCAUUUCCUAGUGAAUUUCAUUCAUUGGACUCGAUAAUAAACACCAGGAGACGUAUAUACAGCAAUCAUAUUAACAAAACGUUAAAAGAGAUUUCUUUUUUUUUUAAUUCUCAAUCUUUAUGCCUGAUCUGUCUAGAUUUGGGAUUGGCGUUAUUAUCGUAAAAUGAUUGAGAGACCCGAUUCUUCAUCAGCCAGCAUAGCAAGGAAUCUGGAGGGGUAUGUUGGGUUUGCCAACCUCCCGAACCAGGUGUACAGGAAGUCUGUAAAGAGAGGCUUCGAGUUCACACUGAUGGUAGUAGGUGAAUCUGGCCUUGGUAAAUCGACCCUGAUUAAUUCACUCUUCCUUACUGAACUCUACUCAAAGGACUACCCUGGCCCCUCUCAGCGCAUCAAAAAGACAGUCCAGGUUGAGCAGUCCAAAGUUCUUAUUAAAGAAGGGGGAGUCCAGCUAACCCUCACAAUCGUUGACACGCCUGGCUUUGGGGAUGCAGUAGAUAACAGUAAUUGCUGGCAGCCAGUGAUAAACUACAUUGACAGCAAAUGUGAGGAUUUCCUGAAUGCUGAAUCUCGGGUCAACAGGAGGAUGAUGCCUGAUAACAGAGUCCACUGCUGUCUGUAUUUCAUCGCCCCCUCAGGCCAUGGCCUGAAGCCCCUGGACAUUGAGUUUAUGAAGAGACUUCAUGACAAAGUGAACGUCAUCCCCCUGAUUGCCAAGGCGGACACCCUCACCCCUGAGGAGUGCCAGCAGUUCAAGAAGCAGAUUAUGAAGGAAAUUCAGGAACACAAGAUCAAGAUUUACGAGUUCCCUGACUCGGAGGAUGAUGAAGACAGCAAAGUCAUCCGGAAAAUAAAGGAGAAGAUGCCCCUAGCAGUGGUCGGCAGCAACGUGGUCAUAGAGGUCAAUGGAAAGAAGGUCAGAGGUCGCCAGUACCCUUGGGGAGUAGCGGAAGUUGAAAAUGGUGAACACUGUGACUUCACAAUUCUACGCAACAUGCUGAUCAGGACACACAUGCAGGAUCUGAAAGACGUCACAAACAAUGUGCACUACGAGAACUACAGGAGCAGGAAGCUGGCUGCUGUCACAUGCAAUGGAGUCGAUGCCACCAAGACCAAGGGGCAGCUUACCAAGAGCCCCCUGGCUCAGAUGGAGGAGGAGCGGAGGGAGCAUGUGACAAAGAUGAAGAAAAUGGAAACGGAGAUGGAGCAGGUCUUUGAGAUGAAGGUCAAAGAAAAGAAACAAAAACUGAAGGAUUCAGAAGCUGAGCUGGAGCGCCGGCACGAGCAGAUGAAGAAGAACCUGGAUGCGCAGUACAAGGAGCUGGAGGAAAAGCGCAAGCAGUAUGAGGAGGAGAAGGUGUCCUGGGAGGCCCAGCAACGCAUUCUGGAGCAACAGAAACUCGAUGCUUCAAAAACAAUGGAAAAGAACAAGAAGAAGGGGAAGAUCUUCUGAGAUGCUGUCCCUUCCGAAAUAAACGUGAAGUUCCCUUUUAGAUCACUGCUUACCUUCUGGUCACUAAAAAUAAACCAGGCUUGCAUCCCACACAGAAAUGCCUAGACAAAUCUUGAACGUCUGCACAUCCAAACAUCUGCUCCGAUGCACCAUGCUGAUGUAUUGUGACCCACACACCCCUCGCAGGACUGCAGUGUAUGUGCCAUUGAUCUGGGUCUAACAAAUGCCUAAAAUUCCCGUUGUAUCUAUGAAGCUGUGUCUAGAAAGAAAUUUCCAAGGUGAUGUUAAACAGUAUGGGAAACAUAACCCAGCUAAUUUUCCAUGUUGGUGUUUCCUUGUAUACUCCCCACUGCAGGGUAUUCAUUCAUUUUUAUUCUCCUUUUUUUAGUCCUCAGGAAAUGUGA